UCUGCAAGGUGGCUCCAACCCAGCUGCCCACCUCCACCCCCAUCCUGUGUAUCUGGAAAGGUCAUAGGAAUGAGUCCCAAGAUCGAGUAACCAGGUAGAGAGGGUGGGUGGCUACAAGCAGGGCAGAUGAAAGACACUGGACCACCUCCCAGCCUAGCACCCAAAGAGGAGGUGCAACCUGGAGAGCCACGAGGCCUGGAUGCUGACCCCAUCCCAGUCCCCAGGCUCUCCUUACUGGAGCCCUUGAUGUGAACUUUGAGGCAGGUGACCCAUGGACACCAGGGACUUCCAAGAGACAGGGUAAAGCUAACUGCUGUAGAAGGGAGCCUAGACUUGCCAGCUCACAAUAUGAGUGCUUGAGCUCUGCACUUGGGGUACCCCUGACCAAAUGCUAGAAGCACAGAGACAUAGAUGACACCAGUCAGGAAAGAAGGCAGAGUGGAGGCCAUAUCUCCAGGGUGCUACAGCUCAAGUGUUGGCAUGAUGGCAGCAAGCACAGGCAAGCCUUGUCCGGAGAGGAAUCCUCCAGUUCGGCAGGAACGGAAACCACAGCCUAAGCUAGCAGCAGGUACAGCAAGCAAAGUGCACACAUAUGCUGAAGCAAAGCCAGCUGUGCAGAAAGAAGAGCACCUGAUGAAGCCAGAGGGCCGGGAGCACCUGCGGCGGCUCCUGACCUGGGGAGAGAUUGACGAACUGAGAGAUUCUCGCAGAAGCAUCCUGCUGGACACCCUCUAUGAAAGCAUCAUCUUUGCAGCGGGCAGAGGCUUCCCGUGGGUGGAGGUGGUCCAGGUGGUCAAGUUCACAGAGGAACUGCUCAAGGAAGCCAAAGGCUGCUCCAUCACCGAGGCGGUGGCAAUCCUAGGGGACAAACUCAGAGACUACCAGAGGCAGUUCAACACCACCCACCUGCUGGCCCUCUGUGACUACUUCCACAACACCUUCAUCCGCCACUACAGACUCUUCCAGUACGUCCUGGGCCAGGACCAGGAAGUCAACCUGACUGUCAUCCACCUGGAGGUGUGUGUGCCGCUCCAGCCCCUCCCUCUGGCCGCAGGUGUGGACAGGGAGGUCUGGAAGCACGAGCAGCAGGUGGCCGAGCUUCAGGUGGCAGAGGUGCAGAAGCGCACCCACAUGCUGCUCCUGAAGGAGGCCAUGACGCUAGAGCAGAGACACCUGCUGCAGAAGGCCUUCGAGGACAGGCCCACCCAGCCUGGCCAGCUCCUUAGAAGAGAGGAGUUGGAGAAUCUCAUCAGUGAGGUCCUCCGCAUCCAGAUGGAGUACCUGCAGGAGCUGCUGCAGUGUGAGAUUCAGACUGCCUUUGAUAUUUUGGACCUGAAGUUGCAGAAGAAAUCUUUACAACUGAAUGCUCCCACCCCAUUCCCUCCCCCAAUCGCCAGCAAACCUGGCCAAGAUGAAUCCCUGAAGCCCAACAAAGCCAACAAAGGGAAAAAAGCAAAAGGAAAGAAGUAGAAGGUCCCAGGUAACCGUCCAUCAUUUAAGAUGCUAAAAGAGGAAGAGCCACCUGCAGUUCUGAGAAGGGUUGCAUGGUGAGCCCCAAGAGGCGAACACUUCUAGUGAUUAAAAGAAACAAAGACAAACCAAACCCA